AGGUGGCGUUCACAUAAAGUCAUGUCCAGAUCGGGUGAUAGAACAUCCACCUUUGACCCAGCUCACAGUGACACUCUGCUGCACGGGCUCAACCUUUUGUGGAGGAAACAGCUUUUCUGUGAUGUGACUCUCACUGCCCAGGGACAGCAGUUCCACUGCCACAAAGCGGUGCUGGCGUCCUGCUCCCAGUACUUCAGGUCUCUCUUCUCCUCUCACAAUGUAAUCAACAAUGAGGGCAGUAAAGGAGACCAGGCUAGCAGCGGGACCCCCUCGUCCUCCCCAGAUGACAAGCUUGUGACCCCCACUGCCAGGCCCAUUAAUAACCUGGUACUACAGGGCUGCUCCUCUAUUGGACUACGCUUAGUGCUGGAGUACCUCUACACUGCCAAUGUGACUCUUUCCCUGGACACAGUGGAAGAGGUGCUGUCAGUGAGCAAGAUUCUAAACAUCCCUCAAAUCACCAAGCUGUGUGUGCAGUUCCUCAACGACCAGAUCUCUGUGCAGAAUUACAAGCAAAUCUGCAAGAUCGCCGCCCUCCAUGGACUGGACGAGACAAAGAAGCUGGCCAACAAGUACCUGGUGGAGGAUGUGCUUCUGCUAAACUUUGAGGAGAUGUGUGCCAUGCUGGACGCUCUGCCUCCCCCAGUGGAGUCAGAGCUGGCACUCUUCCAGAUGUCAGUGCUGUGGCUGGAGCAUGACCGCGAGACUCGUAUGCACUACGCCCCAGACCUCAUGAAGAGGCUGCGCUUUGCCCUCAUCCCUGCCCCAGAGCUGGUGGAGAGGGUGCAGUCGGUUGAUUUCAUGAGGAGUGACCCGGUGUGCCAGAAACUGCUCCUCGAUGCCAUGAACUACCAUUUGAUGCCCUUCAGACAGCACUGCAGGCAGACCGUGGCCAGCAGAAUCCGUUCCAAUAAGAGGAUGCUGUUACUGGUGGGUGGCUUGCCUCCUGGACCCGAUCGCCUCCCCAGUAAUUUGGUCCAGUACUAUGACGAUGAGAAAAAGACAUGGAAGAUCCUCACAAUAAUGCCUUACAACAGUGCUCAUCACUGCGUGGUGGAGGUGGAGAACUUCCUGCUGCUGCUUGGAGGAGAAGACCAAUGGAACCCCAACGGAAAACACAGUACUAAUUUUGUGAGCCGCUAUGAUCCGAGAUUUAACAGCUGGAUCCAACUGCCCCCAAUGCAGGAGAGGAGAGCCAGCUUUUUUGCCUGUCGCCUGGACAAGCACUUGUAUGUGAUUGGUGGGAGGAAUGAGACGGGAUACCUCUCCAGUGUUGAGUCUUAUAACCUGGAGACCAAUGAGUGGAACUAUGUGUCCUCUCUCCCACAACCUCUGGCUGCCCAUGCCGGAGCCGUGCACAAUGGGAAGAUUUACAUAUCAGGGGGAGUGCACAAUGGGGAGUAUGUGUCCUGGCUCUACUGUUAUGACCCUGUAAUGGACGUGUGGGCCCGUAAACAGGAUAUGAACACAAAGCGGGCUAUUCACGCUCUGGCCGGCAUGAACGACCGCCUCUACGCUAUUGGUGGAAAUCAUCUCAAAGGGUUCUCUCAUUUAGACGUGAUGCUAGUGGAGUGCUAUGACCCUAAAGCCGACCAGUGGAACAUCCUGCAGACGCCCAUCCUGGAGGGCCGCAGUGGGCCAGGCUGUGCCGUUCUGGACGACAGCAUCUUCCUGGUUGGAGGCUACAGCUGGAGCAUGGGGGCCUAUAAGUCUUCCACCAUCUGCUACAGCCCAGAGAAAGGCACAUGGACUGAGUUGGAGGGAGAGGUGGCAGAGCCGUUAGCGGGCCCUGCCUGCUCCACAGUCAUACUGCCGGCCUGCCUCCCUUUUAACAAAUGACAACUAAUGCCACCGACGGGCCCAGACGUCAGGGAGGAAGACUCCGACUGGGACGAGGAGCGACAAUGAGAAAAACAUCAACCUCCAGACACCACAGCGGGGUUGUGUAUAAAUAUUAUUUUUUUACCUGUUUGAUCAGAGCACUUUCGUUCUUCCGUACUGAAGAUUUGGAAAAAAAUGUGUAAGUAUGAAAAAUGCAGUAUUCCAACAAAAGAGUUGGUUCAUAUUUCAUUUCUCUGUUAGUAGAUGUUUCGGCUUCUCUUCGAUAGCACAUGACUGAAUUAUAGCUUUCAAACCAUUGUAUCUUGCAUUCACUUGUGAUGCUCGAGUGAUGGACUCCUCAGUAUGAAAGGAGCUGAAAAAGAGCUGGAUACUACAGAAAGUGACCAAGGACAUGUAUAAAUCUGGUUUAUGGCUCUAGACACAUUCGUGUCCGGGUGGAUUGUGCACUUAUCCUGAUUUUCACCUGGGCAGAAUAUGCAAAUGUUUGUUUGACAAAGACAGUAAAUUACUGGGCUCAGUGGUCUGUGAUAAUCCUUCCUGUAUGUGGGAUUUGUAUUUUAAUGGGUUAAGACAAAAUAAUGGGUCAUCUUGACCCAGUGUGGGCAAAAGAUCUAGACAAAUGAAUUUGAUUCACUCACCUGGACCUACUUUCACAUGUGGAGGAAAAGGGACUGAAAGACUCAAAUGGUCAAAGCAUUAUGUAAGUUCUAGAGCAUUAUAAUUUAUUUUUUGUUGUUUUACAAAUGUAUAGUGUCCUACAUUUUUUUUGUAAAAAACUAAAAAGAAAGAAAGGUAAAACAAAAGCAAGAAAAAACAUGACAUCCACUGAGUUCCACGAUUCCCUGUGCCACAGUAAAUACCAUACUUACUCCACAGGUCAUAGCUCUGCUUCUCACUUUUGUGGCUGCUAUUCUAGAUACAUGGUUUCAAACAGCCUCCCAUCAACCACAGUUCAUUAGUCCAUUAAUUCUACUGUCUUUGUGUUUUUGCUUUGAUUUCCAGAAGAGGUUUUCUACAGCACUGUAAAAAGUGAAAAAUAUGUGAUGACCAAUCCUCAUGUUUCAGCUCCACUUGUGUGAAACAGUUUCUGGAGACGUUCAUGCAGGUUUUCUGCUUUACACUAAAACUCGUCAAAUGUUUGUUGCAGUUUCAAACGGUCCUGAUACUGUUAAUAUAAAACUCUAAUAUGUGAUGUGAUGAUGGUACAAUCAGAUUGUGAAUGUUGAUUUAUGGUGCAUAGCAUCUCUGGGGAAACACGUUUAAGGGACAUUUGUACUGUCCUAUAACAAUUCAAUGGGAUCCUAAUGUUCCAUUCAAAAAUACAGCAGUCCAAAAUGCACUAUUUGUGAAAUUUUACCCUAAUAAAGUUACUUAAAUGUAAAUUACUAAUACUUUUGAAUCUAAUUAAGCCUGAUUCUUUUUGGAUCAGGGCCAAAAAGUUGACUGGAAGUAUAGAUGCCGUACCUGUUGACUUCUGUAUAGAUUUACUGAUUUCAUUCUUGUACAUAGUUGCUUGCGGUGAAACAUUUUUUGUGCACUCAACUUUGGAUUUAUUCUCAAAUCCUGUCCUUUGCAUUUUAGAAUAUAAAA